AGGUUCUCUUCGUCGGUCGUCACCUGUCCACCGGAGUGUAUCUGUCUCUCUUAGUACCACACCAAAACUACCAGUAAAGUGAAGUCAGAAACUACUGUACUGUAACAGUAUACAUUUGUGUUGCAGGCGGCAUGAGGCAUGUGUCUGUGUUAGGGUCUGUGACUCUCCUGAUCCUGUACCUGAGGUUCUCUUCGUCGGUCGUCACCUGUCCGCCGGAGUGUAUCUGUCUCUCUCAGUACCACACCAAAACUACCAGUAAAGUGAAGUCAGAAACUACAGUACUGUAACAGUAUACAUGUGUGUUGCAGGCGGCAUGAGGCGUGUGUCUGUGUUGGGGUCUGUGACUCUCCUGAUCCUGUACCUGAGGUUCUCUUCGUCGGUCGUCACCUGUCCGCCGGAGUGUAUCUGUCUCUCUCAGUCUCAGGUACUGUGCAACACCGGAGGGCUGACAGAGAUCCCUCUGAAGAUGCUGCCCUCGACAGUGGAACAUCUGUCUCUCACCAAGAACCACUUCCCGGUGAUACGCAGUGACGCCUUCACCGGACUCCGCCACCUGCGGAAGUUGUCUCUCGACGGCAACAACAUCAGCACCAUCAAACCCUUCGCGUUCCGGGGCCUGCCGCGUCUGCGGGAGUUGUCCAUCCAGCACACUCCCCUCACGACGGUGGCGCAGUUCGCCUUCGCCGGGCUCCAGAACAUCACUGCGAUUCUGCUCGGCCACAACAAGAUACAGAAGGUCGAAGGGUACGCUUUCGCUGGGACUUCCAACGUCCGGCUCUUGCUGCUCAACAACAACCCCAUCCAGAAGGUGGAAACCUCGGCCUUCUCGGGUCUGACCAACGUGGAGCACCUCCUGCUACCAUCGGGCAUCAAGUCCCUGGAGCCGGACGCCUUCAGCGGUCUGGACUCCGUGGGCCUCAUCAAACUCCCCUUCAUGGAUCUGCAAGCCCUGAAGCCCCACACGUUCCGGGGUCUGAGCCACGUGCACGUCCUGGCCAUCCAGGAGUCCGACCUCGGUACCAUCAAGUCCGGAGCGUUCGAGGGCCUCGCCCACAUCGGGAGCCUCAACAUCUACAACAACAAGAUCGACUCCAUACAGGAGUUCCAUAUCAAGUACGUGAACAAGGUGAAGAUCAUAAGGUUCCACGGGAACCACCUACUGGAGGCGCCGAAGGCAGGGGUGGUCGCCAUCCAAGGGGUGGAGACCCUCAGCGUGACCGCGAACCAUUUCCCGUGCGACUGCAACAUCCACGCACUCCUAGAAGGCCCGUUCGGGAACUCCACGGGCGGUGAUUUCAAGACGAAGAACUUCUGCAUAUCACCGCUCGACGUCAACGGCAAGGCCAUCGCUGAGCUGGAGGUGGACUCCAUAGCGAGGUGUCAGGAGGAGGUGACCAGAGGUAACUGGGACGCACCCUCCAGUGCCCCCGGGGUAGUGUCCGCGUGUCUCACGUCUGUCGUGUUGAUGGUUAUGAGGGCGGGGGUCAGCUGACUGUUAUGUGACGUCAUGUGUUUAUAGAGCACCCUCUGGUAGGUUGAAGAGCACUUGGUGGAGCACCGACUGCUGGUUGCCGUGUGGUACUUGACAGUACUAAGUGAAUAAAUAGUGUAUCCUACCUCGAGACACUUUGUGCUUACUGUCUACAUAACGGUUAUUCAUCCGGAAUUAUUAUUUAAAUCAAUGGACCAAAGGAAGAUUUUGUUCAUAGACAGAGAUCAACACCGUAAAUGUUCUGUGAGCAGGUGCUCCCCCAAGUGGCAAAGCCUACGACUACCUCGUGAAGAAAUCGGUAUUCUUUCCUCUCGCCGGACUCUUGCCCACUCGCUAGUGUGGAUCUAUGCGCUUAUUAUCUUUCACAGACUUGUACAUGUAGAUAAUUCUGUAAUGUAUGUAAGAUAUCAACUAUUGUAACUGUAAUUAUUGUCGACAAACAGUGUAUUGUUAGCCGUUGAAACUGAUGGACAAAUAAAAUGUGUUGUGUUCAA